UUGCAGCUGAAACAAGAAGGAAAUGAGCUGGCUCCAUGCUCACUUCAGAGACAGAGGUUCUCACAGAGGACCCUCUUCCGAGACAGAAGCAAUGAAAAGGCAGAGUUCUGCUCAGGAGCAAGAGAUUAUUGAAUUACGGGAACAUAAUGUGGAGGAAAGUGAGACUGAUCAUGACAAGCCUCUAAAUGCUCAAACGAGAAAGGAGAGAGAUGCCUGGAAAUCAUGCAGGAAUGUAGUUUUCUGGAAGUGUAAACUAUGGAUGAUUGUAUCUGCAAUAUUUCUAGUGAUCUUCCUGGUCAUUCUCAUCAGCCUAAUUCUUUAUUCUAAUGUUUACACAGAUGAGGAUGACUACUGGGAUCCUGAUGAAUUACUAAGCAAUGGAAAUUUUCACAAUUUUUCAGGAACAUUGGAGUUAAUGUGUGGUCUCCCACACUUCUCCUCCGAGGACAUUACUAAGAGGCUAACAGAAGUCUACAGCUCAUCUCCAGCUUUAGGACGUUACUUUAGGUCAGCUCAGGUGAUUUCUUUCAGUAAUGAAAGCUCCACUGUAAUUUAUCAGCUAGUGUUUUCUGUACCACCAUCAACAGAGGGAUUUAUGGAAAACAGUAUGAACCCAGAUUUUAUAAGGAACAUUUUACGUCAAAAUAUUUAUGAUGAAGAUACUCUUAAUCCUGGGACAUCUGAAUGUGACAGGUUAAAGCUCAACCCGACUUCUCUCACAUAGAAAUUAUGGAAAGUUUCUUCAUCUUCAU